AACCUUGCUGUCGCUGCGCACGCAUGCGCACUGGCGGACGGCCGUGACUAGACAUUCGGUCAUAGGAGCGGUGGAGGGGGGCGCUCGAGCCACGUCGGUGAAACAAAUCAACGCUUGGAGGCAGAUUACAAAGAGGGUCCCUGCUGCUCAUCCAGGAGCAGGAGAUCCAGGGCAAUGUCGACACCAGAUCCCCCCAUGGGAGGCACCCCGCGCCCAGGUCCUUCCCCUGGGCCGGGUCCCUCCCCUGGGGCUAUGCUGGGCCCCAGCCCCGGGCCUUCUCCAGGCUCCUCUCACAGUAUGAUGGGCCCCAGCCCUGGUCCUCCCUCCUCUGGACACUCACAGCCAGGGCCCUCUGGAUACAACCAGGACAACAUGCACCCUCUGCACAAACCAAUGGAGGGCAUGCAUGAGAAGAGCAUGAGUGAGGAGAGCCGCUUCAGUCAGAUGAAGGGACUGUCUAUGAGACAGGGCGGACACAGUGGUAUGGGCCCCCCACCCAGUCCUCUGGACCAACACUCACAAGGGUACCACUCUCCAUUAGGUGGCUCUGACCACUCCAGCCCUGUCCCUUCAAAUGGCCCUCCCUCCGGUCCUCUUAUGCCAUCGUCCUCUUCUUCCUCAUCCUCCGGUGGCCCCGGCUCCGCCUCUGCACCUUUAGAUGGCCCCGGUGGAGAUCAGCACACACUGGGUCCUAAUAACCGUCCUGGUCCCCCAGGUAGCUCUAACCCAGGCCCCAGCCCUGGACCCAGUCUUGGAUCCAGUGUCCCGAGCCUUGGAUCUGGCCUUGAAUCUGGUGGCCCUACUGGCCCUGGAGGUCCUGGAGGCCCUGGCGGCCCAACUCCCUUCAACCAGAACCAACUCCACCAACUCAGAGCCCAGAUUAUGGCUUAUAAAAUGCUGGCUCGGGGACAGCCCCUGCCAGACCACCUUCAGAUGGCUGUCCAGGGGAAGAGGCCAAUGCCUGGGAUGCAGCAGCAGCAGCCCAUGCCCAGCCUGGCUCCUGGAGCUGGAGGUGGGCCAGGAGGUGGACCAGCAGGACCUGGGCCUGGGCCAAUGGGCUCAGGCUACAGCCGAGCUCAUGGUAUGAUGGGUCCCAACAUGCCCCCACCAGGCCCAUCAGGGACCCCAGCUGUGAUGCAGGGACAAAACCCAAAUGGGCCACCCAAGUCUUGGCCUGAAGGUCCCUUGGUGAAUGCAGCAGCUCCCUCAAACGCACCCCAAAAGUUGAUCCCCCCUCAGCCCACUGGCCGGCCCUCUCCUGCACCCCCUUCAGUUCCCCCCGCCGCCUCCCCAGUAAUGCCUCCGCAGACGCAGUCCCCCGGCCAGCCAGCGCAGCCUACCCCCAUGAUGCCUUACCACGCCAAGCAAAACCGCAUUACCCCCAUACAGAAACCCUGCGGCCUCGACCCAGUGGAGAUACUGCAGGAGAGGGAGUACAGGUUACAGGCUCGUAUCACUCAUCGCAUUGCUGAACUGGAGAACCUGCCGGGUUCUCUUGCUGGUGAUUUACGUACCAAAGCUACUAUAGAGCUCAAAGCCCUUCGACUGCUUAACUUCCAGAGACAGCUGCGUCAAGAGGUGGUGGUGUGUAUGCGUCGUGACACAGCUCUAGAGACUGCCCUUGAUGCUAAGGCCUACAAGCGUAGCAAGCGUCAGUCUCUGCGAGAGGCCCGGAUCACAGAGAAACUGGAGAAACAGCAGAAGAUUGAGCAAGAGCGCAAACGCAGGCAGAAACAUCAGGAGUACCUCAACAGCAUCCUCCAGCACGCCAAAGACUUCAAAGAGUACCACCGUUCAAUUACAGGCAAAAUUCAGAAACUGACCAAAGCUGUGGCCACUUACCAUGCCAACACUGAACGAGAGCAGAAGAAGGAGAAUGAGCGUAUUGAGAAAGAGAGGAUGAGGAGGCUUAUGGUAAGAGGAAAACAUAAUGGCACCACAAAGACACAGUUAACACACAAGCAUUCACAUUACACACUUACCAUUACACACAUCCUCCAUCCUCCUGUACAUACUGGAUAUGUGUCUGUGUCUUUCCAGGCUGAGGAUGAGGAGGGCUACCGAAAACUGAUCGACCAGAAGAAGGACAAGCGUCUGGCCUACCUGCUGCAGCAAACUGAUGAGUAUGUUGCCAACCUCACCGAGCUGGUCAGAGCUCACAAGGCUGCACAGGCCCUCAAAGAAAAGAAGAAGAAGAAGAAGAAAAAGAAGAAGUUAGAGAAUGCUGAGGGUCAGACUCCUGCCUUGGGCCCUGAUGGAGAGCCACUGGAUGAGACGAGUCAGAUGAGUGACCUGCCUGUAAAGGUCAUCCAUGUUGACAGUGGAAACAUCCUGACAGGGGUGGACGCUCCUAAAGCUGGACAGCUGGAGACCUGGCUGGAGAUGAACCCUGGUUAUGAGGUGGCACCCCGCUCAGACAGUGAAGACAGUGAGGAGGAGGAAGAGGAGGAGGAGGAAGAAGAGGAGCCACAGCCUUCUGCAGCUCCAGUGGAGGAAAAGAAGAAGAUUACAGACCCCGACAGUGAAGACGUGUCAGAGGUGGACGUCCGACACAUCAUCGAAAAUGCAAAGCAGGAUGUGGAUGACGAGUACAGCGGUGCAGCCUUCGCUCGAGGGCUCCAGUCUUAUUACUCAGUGGCUCACGCUGUCACAGAGAAAGUGGAGAAACAGUCCAGUUUGUUAAUAAAUGGACAACUCAAACAGUAUCAGAUUAAAGGGCUGGAGUGGCUUGUUUCCCUCUACAACAACAACCUGAAUGGGAUCCUGGCGGACGAGAUGGGUCUGGGAAAAACCAUCCAGACUAUCGCCCUCAUCACGUACCUCAUGGAGCACAAACGUCUCAAUGGACCCUACCUCAUCAUUGUACCCCUUUCAACUCUUUCUAACUGGGUGUAUGAGUUUGACAAAUGGGCACCGACAGUCGUCAAAGUGUCCUACAAGGGGUCUCCUGCUGCCAGAAGAGCCUUCGUUCCCCAACUACGUAGUGGAAAAUUUAAUGUUUUACUCACCACCUACGAGUACAUCAUCAAGGAUAAACAAGUACUGGCCAAGAUCCGUUGGAAGUACAUGAUCGUUGAUGAGGGCCACCGUAUGAAGAACCACCACUGUAAGCUGACCCAGGUCUUGAACACACACUACCUUGCCCCACGGCGAGUCCUCCUGACGGGGACACCGUUGCAGAACAAGCUGCCUGAGCUCUGGGCGCUGCUCAACUUCCUCCUGCCUACUAUCUUCAAGAGUUGCAGCACCUUUGAGCAGUGGUUCAACGCUCCGUUCGCCAUGACUGGAGAGAAAGUGGAUCUUAAUGAAGAGGAGACCAUCUUGAUCAUCCGUCGUCUCCACAAAGUGCUCCGCCCCUUCCUGUUACGCAGAUUAAAGAAGGAAGUGGAGGCACAACUUCCAGAGAAGGUGGAAUAUGUGAUCAAGUGUGACAUGUCAUCUCUUCAGAGGGUGUUGUACAGACACAUGCAGGCCAAGGGGGUUCUUCUGACUGAUGGAUCAGAGAAAGACAAGAAGGGUAAAGGAGGCACGAAGACACUGAUGAACACCAUCAUGCAGCUGAGGAAGAUCUGUAAUCACCCUUACAUGUUCCAGCAGAUAGAGGAAUCCUUCUCUGAACAUUUAGGAUUCUCUGGUGGGAUAGUCCAGGGGCCUGAUCUUUAUCGGGCAUCAGGAAAGUUUGAAGUGUUGGAUCGUAUCCUGCCCAAACUGAGAGCUACAAACCACAAAGUGCUGCUCUUCUGUCAGAUGACCUCACUCAUGACCAUAAUGGAGGACUACUUUGCGUACCGCAACUUCAAGUAUCUGCGUCUGGAUGGCACCACAAAGGCUGAAGACAGAGGGAUGUUACUGAAGACGUUCAAUGAUCCAGAGUCGGAGUACUUCAUCUUCCUCCUGAGCACAAGAGCUGGAGGUCUCGGCCUCAACCUGCAGUCUGCUGACACUGUGGUCAUCUUUGACUCUGACUGGAACCCACAUCAGGACCUGCAGGCUCAGGACAGAGCCCACCGUAUUGGUCAACAAAAUGAGGUGCGAGUGUUGCGUCUCUGCACAGUCAACAGUGUAGAGGAGAAAAUCCUUGCCGCUGCCAAAUAUAAACUCAAUGUGGACCAAAAGGUCAUCCAGGCUGGCAUGUUUGAUCAGAAGUCUUCUAGCCAUGAGCGCAGGGCAUUCCUGCAAGCCAUCCUGGAGCACGAGGAGCAAGACGAGGUCUGGGGUCAAGAAGUGUGUCUACGCAUGAAUGAAGAGGAUGAGGUGCCAGAUGAUGAGACGGUCAACCAGAUGAUCGCCAGGAGCGAGGAGGAGUUCGACCAGUUUAUGCGUAUGGACCUGGACAGGCGGCGAGAAGAGGCCCGUAACCCGCGGCGAAAACCUCGUCUGAUGGAGGAGGAUGAGCUGCCCACUUGGAUCAUGAAGGACGACGCGGAGGUUGAGCGGCUGACCUGCGAGGAGGAGGAGGAGAAAAUGUUCGGACGAGGUUCUCGGCAGCGAAAGGAGGUGGACUACAGCGACUCACUGACUGAGAAGCAGUGGCUCAAGCAGGCGAUAGAGGAGGGAACACUGGAGGAGAUGGAGGAAGAGGUACGUCACAAAAAGACGACCCGCAAGAGGAAGAGGGACCGGGACCUGGAUCUACCUGGUCCUUCCUCUUCCUCCGGGGGACGAGGACGAGGGGACAAAGAUGACGAUGGGAAGAGGCAGAGGAAGAGGGGACGACCACCUGUGGAGAAACUUUCCCCAAAUCCUCCUGCCCUCACAAAGAAGAUGAAGAAGAUUGUGGACGCUGUCAUCAAAUACAAAGACAGCGCCAGUGGGCGUCAGCUGAGCGAAGUGUUCAUCCAGCUGCCGUCUCGAAAAGAGCUGCCAGAGUACUACGAGCUGAUCCGCAAGCCUGUGGACUUCAGGAAGAUCAAGGAGAGGAUUCGAAGUCAUCGCUACCGCAGUCUGGGCGACCUGGAGAGAGACGUCAUGCUGCUCUUCCAAAACGCUCAGACCUUCAACCUGGAGGGAUCACUGAUAUACGAAGACUCCAUCGUGCUCCAGUCGGUGUUCACCAGUUUGAGGCAGAAGAUUGAGAAGGAGGAGGAGAGUGAGGGAGAGGAUAGUGAAGAAGAGGAGGAGGAGCAGGAGGAAGGAUCAGAGUCAGAAUCUCGCUCAGUGAAAGUGAAGAUCCGUCUGGGCAGGAAGGAUAAAGGUGGAGAUCGAGGGAAGGGACGCAGCAGACGAACAGGACGCACCAGAGCCAAACCUGUUGUCAGUGAUGACGACUCUGAGGAUGAGCAAGAAGAGGAGCGCUCCCCCAGUGCCACUGAUGAAGAGUCCUGAACUGUACUGUGACAUGGAAGAAAAGGGGGCAUAAAGGGAUAUUCCACCACAUAUACAGUAAAUAAAACAUGCCUGUCAGCUCCAUCUAUCCUCAGUCAAACGUCAAAGGACAAAAAUAGAAGGUUUGCAAUACUACGAUGUCACAUGGAAACUGUACAAUAUCAUAAUCAUACAUGAUAAAAUACACAAAUUAAUUAGGCAAUGCACAUCACUGCAUUAAAUUGAUUCUUUUUCUCUGCUGUUGCUUAGUUGAAGGAAGUCUUAACAACAAGAAAUCAAAUAAGCUUUGUAUCAUUGUGUACAAGUUUUACUCAGUAUGUAAGCACUAUUUGAAUGAGCCAGUUUAAAUGCGUAAAGACAGUGGCUUAGAAAAAGAAAACUGAUCAACAUAAAAAUCCAGCAGUUAGGGAUGCAACAAUAAUCAAUAUAACACUAUAUUGUGAUAACCAAGAGCAAACAUGCUACACACUGGACUGCACACAGCAGAACUUUUCCCACAUACUUCUCUUUUUAAGAAGCUGCUAGUUCUAAUAAAACAUGUUAAAGGUGUGGCACCUCAAGCAGAAUCACUACAAACUUACAGACACAGCUACCAGACACUGUGCAGUGAGGUUAUCUUUGUCACUUUGGUAUGUUUUAAUGCCAUUUGAGGAUAUUUUUUAAUCCUAUUUCAAUAUUUUUCUCAAUGAUAUAAUUCAAUGAAGGAAUUUAAACCAAGAUAAUUGCGCUAUUAAAUUUUUUAUAAUCAGCCUUUACUCACUGGGAGCCUUCCUCACCUCAACUGAGAAAACAGACUGCAAAUGCCCUGAAGCCAUGAGCAGCUGCAUAUUUCUGAAUCUAACUGCAGCAAUUACAUCGGUAAUAUUCUAUCCCCGAUUUAGCAUUUGUAAGCUGUAUACAAACAUUUAAUAAAUGGUUUAUAACACAUUGUUAUGUAGUUGCACGCAGCUGUAAGGACAUUUCCAAGUGUUCAUUCAUGUACAGUAUUUGUCAGAAAAUUAUAACUUACACUAUGAAAACACAUUUUAUAUCAUUAAGUAUUGAUUUAUAAACCAGCCUCUGCUUAUGAGUGCAUACAGGAGGUGUUAUAGUUGUUGACAAAUACAUAAAUAAACACUUCAUAUCUGCUUAUAACUGCAUUAUAGUCUAUUAUAAAACAUUUAAUAAAUGUUUAUAUAUUGUUUAUAAAUGCUAAAUAAGCAAGUUAAGAUAAAGUGUUACUAACCCAAACAAGCUUUAAGAAGAAUAAAGCUUCAAUUAGUUAAACUCUGACAUUAAUGUGUUGUUGAUAAACAAGCCCAGAAUUAUCCAGGUUUUCUCAUUUUGUUUGGACAAAAUGUACUAAAAACUAGUUCCUAGCUACCUGAAGAGUUAAAUCUGUUGGGAACCAGGAAGUGAAGUAAACAACAUUGAAUAUAAACAGAAAAUAUUUUCAGACAGAGCUGGGUUUUUUUUUUUUUUUUUUCUUUCUACUCAGCUUGAAGCUAACACCUUACCCUACAUUACUUUUGGAUGUAAACAAACCUACUGCUUCACCUCUGCUUCACUGUGACGUGUCGUAACAGCCGCUUUGGAGCCACUGUGAUUACUGAGGUGUGUGCACAUCACAUAUUAGUGACCGGGGCUCACUGUUUGAGUUGGAAAUCAAGCCCGCUGUGGGCGCAGGGCGGUUUCCAGACUUCUCAGAAGCUCUUUAGCAACACAGUAAUUUGACUGAGGUUUAAUGGAGUUGAGUCCAGGUUGCUCUCCAGUAUUGUAUAUAUGGUACAACAGUAUAAAAACAAACUACUCCACCUCGCUGCUGCUUACCUGUUACACUUCCAGUAUAAGCACUUAUAACUGUUGAUUGUAGACUUAAAGAAUCAUGAGGUUGUAUUUCAUCAAUGAGUACUGUAACUUUAAUUGCUUCUCCUUCAGUUAUUGUGUGGUGAUUUUAGGAUUUCAGAACUAUUUGAUGUACUUUUGGCACUUUUUAUGUUUUUGAUUUCAAGACAAAGGACCAGAGGGACAGUGGCUCUUCUCUGCUUGUGAAUGCCUGAUGGCUGUAUGGUGUUGGAUACGCUGUAUAGAGUUUUUUCUAGAAUAUAAUGUCCAUGCACGUGUAUACAGCUCGCGAGUUCAGUACUGUACUUUUCUCAUUAUGCUAGGUUACUAGAAUGAAGAACACAUAACCAAAGCAACAAUGUUUUCGCCACUAAGUUAUUAAGAUCUGUCUGUUGUGUUGUGUCAUUAUCGCUGGAACUUGAAACAUAACAAUAAACCACAGUAAAAGUGAA